AUGGCAUCUGGGUAUCCAACUCAAGGAAAACAACCAUCACCACCAAUUAAUGCAGCACGAAUUCUACCGCAUGACGAAGACACAAAUGAUAGAGUGAUGAUGUUACCAUCAUUGUCCCAUCAAGAAAACAUUACACUUCCUAGCAUUCACUCAUUGUUGAGCAAUCAGCAAGAUGACCAUGUUGAAACGCAUCGUGAAACAUGUGAUACUUUUAGUAGUAAUAGUAGCAGGAGCGCAUGCAACAUGACCCUCUAUUCUGAUCCAUUAUUGAAUCCUCUCCCACUGUCAUCAAUGAAACCAUCUCAAAUGUUGUUAGAAACAAGUCCUUCAAUAAGCUCGUCUCCAUUCAUUUCCAUGUCACCGUCGAGUGGUAGUACAGCUUUACCAUACAGAUUGAGUGAAAAACCACAUGUGCAUGCAAAUGAACCACAAAAUAUGUCAUUAGCAAGUACUUGUUCGAAUCCUUCUUCUCCAUACACUGUUUCCUUUUCUCUACCGACUCUAACUGCACCUUCCCUUCAACGAAGAACACCUUCACCACCAAUGUCCAGAAAUUCGCCUUCUAUGGUAAUUAAGCACAGCAACCACAAUGACUUAUCUUGGCAGCAGCAACAAGUGCUCACAACAACGCCUGGACACUACAAUUUCUCCAAAUAUUGCCAAAAUCUGACACUUGACAAUCCUAGUAGUAGUAGUAAUAACAUUUCCCGUGACAUCCUUCAACAUCAGUCACAAUCAACACCGCAACCAUAUGAAAACACAUCUAGUGAAGAAAUAGGAAAAAUCGAAAGAGGUAUCAAAUCAAUCCCAAAACGAAAGACAAAACCAGAACAACGAGCAAAACUGGAAAAUCAAGAGAAAACACCAACCCCAUCAUCGACGACUCUUAAUUUCGUAAACAAUUUCGUGUCAAUAACCCCCAGUGACAACAACAUGAUUCUGACAUCGAGUGACCUUCAGGAAGCACCUUCUCAUCAAUCUGUUCAGUUUUCAAUGCAUUCUCCACGUUCAUCCAAGUCAAAAAGGCAAGGCAAAAAAACGAAAUUGCAAUCUGACAGUACGUCAAAUCAAACAGCAUCAUCCUCAGAUGAGGCCACUCAAAAAGCGUCACCCAAUGAAGCAGCAAGCUCUAAGCCAGCAGCUGUUGAUGGAUUGUUUAUGGAAUUUGUGGGCGUGCAGAAUCCAAAAAAACGAAAAGAAUAUCGAGAUAUUAUAAGCUAUAAGGAUGAAUUCUUUACGGACUCGUACAAUAACAAUACAACACAGAAACGUUUAAGGGAAUCCAGUUCGAAAUAUCGAUCGAAGCAACCUCUGAAUACAGACCAAUCAAAAAAACACUCCAAUAAAGAGAAGGAAUGA